CACCCCUAGUUUUGGCCAUAAGGGUAGCGAUAUCUCAUUGAUUGCUUUCUCGAUUUCAGAGCACAAGAUCAUCAACUCUCGAUGUCUUAUUUUAAUAGUUUCCAUUAUGGGGAAGAAGUUAGAGUGAUAGGAGGAGAAUAUGAGGGGGCAGAAGGAAUUUUUCUAAAACCUAUGUUUGAAAUUUGGACAGAGGAGAGAAAAAUAAUCAUUGUGGAACCGCACUUUGUGGAUGGUUACGACAACACACCCAUGACACCUCCUAUAAGCGAGACCACCACUCUUACUCGGUCUCCACCUCUUGCGUCUUCCAUGAGCACAACUGGGGAAAAUAUAGUAAAUGUGGAAUCACACUUUUUGGCUGAUAAGUCUAGAAGAAGGCACAAGUAUGGGCGAUGUGGUAAGUACGUUCACCUUGAAAAGACAUUCAAGAAUCUUGCACCUCAAGGUUCAGAUCUAAGUAAAACAUCCACCUCUAAAAGGGGAUGUCGAAAGAAUAGAAAAUCUCGUGGUACCAGGGCAGUAUUAGGCUCUAUGUGAAAGAAGUUUGUGCAAAUAAUUGGUCCCUUUUAUAUGUUUUUUUUGUUCGUUAUGCUAUUUUUCUUUGAAAGACAAUGUCCAUUGAUUGUGUUUUGUGUGGUUUUUCUUUAUCAUUGAAUACGAGAACUUUGGUUUGACUAUUUCUUAAAGAAAGAUUUUGAUUUUUACC